AUGUAUCAACAAAUUGAGUUCUUCUUGACAAAACUUUUUGAAUUAUUUUUCAAAUAUUUUAUUGAUUUCAUUAAAUCAAAUCGACAAUUAAUUGAAAAUGCUUCAUCUUCUCAUUCUUAUACUUCAUCAACUCAAUAUUCGACCACGUCUGUUCCGAAUAUAGCCAAACUUUUCAUCGAAAAAUUAAAUGAACUCGAUUCUGUAAAAACUUUAACCAAUUAUGAAUACCCUCUUAAUGGAGGAACAUGUUGGAAUUGUAAGAAGAAAGAGCAUUCACAUUCUUGUUGCAUAGCAUGCAAAGAAGAAGCUGAUCGAUGCAAAUGUAAAUUCAUUUGUGGUCUCACAUAUCCUACCCAAUUCGAUAAACAUGAAUGA